CGAGAGAAACGGGUAACUGUGCCAGUUGUUUAGGAGGACUUCUGUAUAUUUGACACUAUUCUGGGGGGUGGGAAGAGGAAGAAUGAAAGAGGUCUUCCAACGGAGUGGUCGUAAACAUGAACGGUGACUUGUACAUUUCGUUUUUCCAAGGUCAGCUGGAAUCCGCACUGGAGCAGGUAGUGCAGCUCGCCGUGCAGGAAAUCACCAAGACUGCUGGGGCCACUUUGAAUUCAAUGUUAUUGGAAACGGCCACCAAAGAGCAGGAAAAUCAGCGUUUGAGGGCGACCAUUCAGUCCCAGGAGCUGGAGCACGGAGGCAAAAGGAAAAUCAAUGCGUCUAAGAGACGUAAAGACUCGAACGAUGGAACAAAGCAACACACCCCCAGUCAGAGCACAGAAUGUCGCGUGCAGUCUCAGACGUUCAGGCGUGAACAGAAAGGGCGAGCAGUUGGUCAGUUAAAAGCCGUUAUGGAACAUGUCCUGGAAUUCGCCGUUUGUGAACUGACCAAAAUUGUGGAAGACAACUUUGACGACCUGCUCGUGGAGUUUACCAAGAAAGAGCGGGAAAACCAUAUAUUGAAAGAGCAACUGCAGCACAAGAACCUAGUGGAGGACAAUGAGGUGGCUGAUGCAGAAACAGAGGACUGUGAAAACGACUCGGACUCUCCGAGCAGUUCCAAAGUGAAAAGGCAGGAGUCACAAGGCGUGCCUGACCUGUCACCCAAAAUAGCAUGGGAAAAGGAACAGAUGGAAACCACCAAUGAAGCAGACAAGCAGACCGUGAUUGCAGUGGCCCAGGACUGGGUACCCAUUCUGGAUAAAGUCUUUGGACAAAAGUGGUGCAGUGACCUUUUUCAGAUCAAAGAGGUCACUACCAGUAAAGAGGAAUGCUCUGGGCUUGGCUCAGGGUCGAUGAGCGACAUGGACAGCUUAAUUCGGGAGACGCUCAUGCCGUCUUGUCUGGCCUCUCAAAGGAAGCUGGAGCUUGAGAUGGGGCAGCUUCCAUGGUUGCAAGCAAAAGAUUUGGAGGUUGUUUCUCUUUCCUCGGACACUAAAGGUAUUCCUGUUGUCAGUUCCACAGGCGAUGAUUCUAAUAUCAGAUCCCCAUCAAUGUUGCAAAGACUCUUGACUCUACCGUACCAGUUGCUUGAGGAUGAUGAGGAGUCCAUGGAUGCUGUUCCCAGUCUGGAAGUGUCCCUGGAUCCAUCUGAUUCACAAGUCAGCAAAGGAUCAAAGGGUGAUCAGAUCUCAACAAAUAUGAAAAAAGAGGAGGAUGAAGAUGAGGGAGAUGAGACAAGAACUCACGAAUUAGACAGGCAGGAAUCCUUGAAACACAAAAGCAGGAGGAAGUCCCAUGCUUGCAAAAAUUGUGGCAGGAAGUUCAGCCGCGUGCAUCUUCUCAGAGCCCACCAGCUAACGCAUGAGACACCCAACCGAUGCCAAGAGUGUGGAAAGAUUUUCUCCCAGUCGUCAAAGCUCCAAGCGCACUUACGGAUGCACACAGGCAAAACAAUAUGAAAAA